AUGUCCUUGAAAGGCAGGGUAACUGUUGUCACAGGAGGAGCAAGAGGCAUUGGAUUGGCGUUGGCCAGAGGUGCUGCGGAGCUUGGCAGUGAUAUCGCUGUCAUCGAUGUUCUCGAGAAGCCAUCCGAAGCCUUUGGGGAUUUCGAGAAGGAGCUCGGAGUUCGGGCUCGGUACUAUCGGUUUGUUCCCUUGUCGGGGACGAGCGUGACCGACCCCACAGGCUUGACCGGUAGUUUUGAGACCAUAGUGAAGGAUUUUGGUCAGAUAGACAAUUGUGUGACAGCCGCUGGGAUCGUCCACGACAAGCCCUUCCUCGAUACAACUUGGGAAGAGGGGGCGCACAUACUAGAGGUCAAUGUCAUGGGCACAAUGAUGAGUGCACAGUUGGCUGCCAAACAGAUGCGAGCUCAAAAGACCGGAGGCAGCAUCGUCAUGAUCGCCUCGGUCUCAGCGGGUACUGCACUGCAAACGCAAAGACUGAAUAUAUAUGCUGCGUCCAAGGGUGCGGUAAAGUCCCUGUGUGUGCAGCUGGCUGUCGAACUGGCACCUCUCGGGAUUCGCGUGAACACAGUUUCUCCUGGAUUCAUCGCGACCGAGAUGACGAAGGGCCUUGCCGUCACAAGGCCAGAGCUCCUGGCAGUAUUCAAGUCGCCUCCGCUGGGGAGAAUUGGCGAUCGAGCGGAUCUCAAGGGCGUAGUGGGAUACCUCCUUAGCGAUGCGGCAGCCUAUACCACCGGCACGGACGUGCUUGUGACUGGUGGCGUGCAUGCAGGCUUGCUAUAA